CCUGGUCCGGGUCAGUAGUGUUGUCAGCAGUGAGGAGCUGAGCCGCUGAUGGUGUUUAAAUGAAUGAAGUCAGUAGUUUUAUAGAGUUCGUGUAGAAUCUGAACUCUUUAAUAAUCUGAAUUAUUCCUCUCAGCACUGAUUCAGAUCCUCACUCUGAUCUAAACCAGCUGAUCCGAAUUUCAGCAGAACCGAAUCUACAGGUCCAGCAGCAGCAGCAGCAGCAGCAGCACAGUGGUGAAGCUGGAAGCUCGUCCUACCUGAUGCUCCUGUGCUUCCUGCCCAAGUCCUCCCACUUCUGACGCCUCGUUUCUCCUCCCACAAUGAAAGCUCUGAUUCUGGUCGGGGGCUACGGCACCAGAUUAAGACCCCUCACCCUGAGCGUGCCCAAGCCCCUGGUGGAGUUCUGCAAUAAACCCAUCCUCCUCCAUCAGGUGGAGGCUUUAGUGAAGGCCGGAGUCCGCCAUGUCAUUCUGGCCGUGAGCUACAUGUCUGAUCUGCUGGAGAGAGAGAUGAAAGCACAGGAACAGAGGCUCGGAAUAAAAAUCUCCCUUUCACACGAGGAGGAGCCGCUGGGAACAGCUGGUCCUCUUGCUUUGGCCCGGGAGUUGCUGACCGACAACGAGGAGCCCUUUUUUGUUCUCAACAGUGAUGUCAUCUGCGACUUCCCGUUUCAGGACAUGCUGAAAUUCCAUAAGAACCAUGGCAAGGAAGGCACCAUUGUUGUAACUAAAGUGGAGGAGCCGUCGAAGUACGGCGUGGUGGUGUACGAGGGGGAGAGCGGGCGGAUUCACCGCUUCGUGGAGAAGCCCCAAGUCUUUGUCUCCAACAAGAUCAACGCUGGGAUGUACAUCUUCAGCCCCUCCAUGCUGAGGAGAAUCCAGCUGCGACCCACCUCCAUUGAGAAGGAGAUAUUUCCCGUCAUGGCUGAGGAGGGGCAUCUUUACGCCAUGGAGCUUCAAGGAUUCUGGAUGGAUAUCGGGCAGCCUAAAGACUUCCUGACCGGUAUGUGUAUGUACCUGCAGUCCGUCAGACAGCAGGCUCCUGAGAGACUCCGCACCGGACCUGGCUUCCUCGGCAAUGUGCUGGUGGAUCCCACAGCAGUAAUCGGAGAGAACUGCACCAUCGGACCCAAUGUGACCAUUGGUGCCGGCGUGGUUCUGGAGGAUGGGGUGCGGAUCAAGCGCUGCACUGUGCUGAAGGGCGCUCACAUCCGCUCUCACUCCUGGCUGGAGUCCUGCAUUGUGGGCUGGAGCUCUUCAGUGGGACAGUGGGUACGUAUGGAGAACGUUACAGUUCUGGGUGAAGACGUCAUCGUCAACGACGAGCUGUACAUCAACGGUGCCAACGUCCUGCCUCACAAAUCCAUCACAGACUCCGUGCCUGAGCCUCGUAUCAUUAUGUAGAUAAAUAAAUACAUAAAUACACACACACACACACACUGACAUGCUUCUCACUAAGUGCCCGAGUGUGUGUCGAGAGGGCACUAGCGGUUUGGGGCGUCCCUCGGAGUGAUAGCGAAGGCGAUAAAUCGUAAACUGGUGAAAACUGGCGUGGGUGGAUGGUGGGUUGAGUAUUGGUAUUUUAAGGGUUGGGGAUGAACGCGACUGAGAGAACUCUGAGAUAAAUAUAUAUAUGCAAUCUGAAAACAUGUUUCUGUGUUUAACCCUCAUGUUUAGGAUGAAGGGUUCUCUAGAUUAGAUGUUCCUGAGUGUUUGCUACAGGCUGUACCUGAGCGUCGUCGUCAGAUUCUCACUGUGCAUCGCAGGCAGCGGCUGGAUGUGACGUCACGUUGCCUUAAAAACAAAGAUCUGUUCCUUAUGCAGCUUUUUUUCGUCUUCAUUUCGUAGUUUGGACUGUUUUUUUGGUUUGUGAUAGUUAUAGGAUAUCCUGGGAAAUAUAUAAACGUAUAUACAUCUGGUUAUAUAUGUGGUUAUGUUCUUGUAGUACACAUUAGGUGUAGGCUAACAUAGAAACACCUAGCCUAGAGUCUGAUAACGGUGCCAUAGUGUCUAAUAUUAAUAAUGAUGUUAUCACACAAGAUAAAAUGGAAGAAUGGCAACAGAAAUGCAGCAACACUAAAGUCGUUUUCACGUAUCUCUGCUGUCCAGUGAAUAACAUGUAUCUCCAUUUUUGUCUGUUUUUCGUUUUCCUCAUAUUUUGAAUCCUGUAGCUGCUCUGUACACUGCGUUAAUGCGUCUAUAUAAAUAGACCAAUAGAAAUGCCCUAAAAUUACUUCUACUUUGAUUCCAUUCAGGUAAAAACAUUUUUUGCCUUCUCUUGUUAAGUUACCAUUUUGGAGAUACAUGUUUUUCACUGGACAGCUACUAAAGUUGCCCUAUUUCACAUAUAGUCCAAAGCAGAUAAUUUAUUUGGUUUAGGCAAGGGGCGUGGCCUGUGCAGAUCAUUUAGGAGCCAUCAAAAUUUUAACUGAUAUUAUGAUAUUAUUUUGUUAUCUCUGCGUUAUGUCUGUCGGUUAUGAUCUUUGGGAAACCCGUUUGUUACUGUGUAUGUGUGUGUGUGUGUGUGUGUGUGUGUGUGUGUGUGUGUGUGUGUGUGUGUGUGUGUGUGUGUGUGAGUGACUAUAUGAACAUGAGUGGGGGACGAGGUGCAGGUGAAUGAAAAUAGCAGUGUAUUAGGUUUUGCAGUAAAGCGCUGUGUGUACUGACUAUGAAGUAUUUGAAUGAUACCACUGAACUGUCUCAGCCGAGGUGAUAUGAACACUUUUAAUGAUUUUUUUUUAUCAAAAUUAAUAUAAACUGUUUAAGCCAGCA